AGAAGACAAACAGAAUGGGAGUGCGUGGUCUUCAGACAUACCUGGAGAGACAUUGUCCAGAAGCCUGUGUUAAAGUGAACCUGUUCGAGUUAUCCAGACAGUACUACAGACAACAUCGGGCCAGACCAGUCAUGGUGGUGGAUGGUCUAGGCUGCCUCAGGAAAUUCUACAAUCAAGAACUUCCAUGGGUGUACGGAGGACAGUGGAGAGAAUACUACGAGGAACUAGGACGGUUUCUCCAGUCUUUCAGAACUGCUGGUAUUGACCUUGUGUUCAUCUUUGACGGGGUUGUGGAAAAGUCUAAACGUGCAGAAUGGGUGAAACGCAGGCAGCAGUCGGCUAGAGACGUGCUCGUAGCUUUCACUCACAUCAAGAAACACGGCACCCAGCCUUCCGAUGACCUGUUCCAGAUGCCGGUCAGCUUGGGAACACUGACUAGGUUUGCUCUGAAGAGUCUGGGUGCUGUUGUCAUAAACUCUACCAAAGAAGCAGAUAUAGAAAUAGCGGAAUACUGUAGGAAGUAUCCAUGUUUCGGGAUCCUUGGCCAGGACAGUGAUUUUGUAAUCUUCAAUACUGUCCCUUUCUAUUCUAGCAAAAAUCUGGAUAUAGCUACCUUAAAUACAAUACAGUAUUCAAGGGAUAGGUUGUGUUAUCGACUGCAAAUUAGCUUGGAAGACUUACCACUCUUCUCCUGUCUUAUGGGGAAUGAUAUAAUCAAGUCUACGGAGUUAGAGUCUUUUAAGAGAAGGCAAGUAGGGGUGCCAGCUAAUGCUAGGUUCCCUAGAGUAGAGGACGUAGUGAUGGCAGUAUCAAGAUACAUGCAAACGAUUCCGCAUGGAACAACGAUACGGGACGUCGCACGUGACGUGUUUCCCAAUGAGCCAGACAAAUGGUUGAGAAUGGAAGAAGGGGCCAGAAUGUACUUGUUACCAGGGGAUCAAUUACCAUGGUACAUGCAGAACUGCCCUCCACAUGCACUGCCACCUUCUGGUGUUAAAAGGAACUGCAGGCAGAUGAGUGGGGAUGAAGAGAUUACUCUUGAAGUGAAUGUGGAAGAAAUUAGAUCCAGGGUUGACACCAAAGUCCUCCAGUUUGCUCGGGAAAGGCAUCUGAAUUCAGACAACAUUGCGCAAAUCUACAACAUACUCAUCUCAGCCGAGACAGAUAGCAGUGUGGCAAUGGAAGAUGAAACUAACAAAGAUGUCCCCUCUUCUUCUGUACUAUUCCGUCCAAUUCGACAGAGAAUGUAUGCAGUACUCUAUGGAGUAGGCUGUUACUGUGACAUGCCAAACGAAAUAAACAGAAGUAAAGCAGUAAUGACUCAGAGAAUGCCUCAGAGACCAGUCCUUUUGGCUCCAAGGUUUUCAACUCCUCUCUUGCCUAGCCACGGAAAUAGAGGGUUUCAUACAGAUGUUUCAUCAACUGCUGUGGGAGACCAACUACCUCAGGGAAGUACACAUGCUGACAGUUGUAGACCUGUUGUUGGAAAGAAUGCAGUGAAGGAGUGGUGCCCCUACAGAGGAAACCCUUUGACCCGUCCUGAUGUCAUAAAUGCUGUACCGCUGAACCUAAUAGGAGGGACUCCAUCCCUCUCCAUGCUGUGGUUCUCCAGUGGUGAACCACAGACUAAACACCUCCGUCUGCACACAUUCUUUGCCUGCAUGGACUGUGCUGGUCUGCUGGAAUCUGUGUUAAGGGUAGAACCAGACCCACACUACAUCAUCCCAUCUUUAGUACUACACUACAUGGUGAAACACAUGUCAGCAUUGCAGGAAUGGGAAGUGGAUGCCUUCCUGGCUCAAGCUGUGGUCCCCUUUGCUCAAGAUGCUGGAGGGCUUCGUGGCUUAAAGGUACCUAGAGUUGUACCCCACCCAGUCCAUCUUGCUGCUGUGUUCCUCAAGGGUGUAAGCUACGCCCUAUUGGCCGACUGUGCAUGUGGCUGGCCAAUCACGGUGCAGGAUGGGAUGCCCUGGCACUACUUUGAUGGGAAGCUAUUUCACCACAAGUAUCUGAUGGCAGAGGGGGGUGCAGAUGUCAGAGCUCUAUGUGAUCACGAUGAUAGAGCUCUACAGUUGUUCUGGACUCUGAAGGAGUUGGUAGUACUUGGAACCAGGCUGGAUCAGAAGAGAAGAGAAAUGUGCUUUCCACAUCAUCAGGGCAUGGGCGGCCACUAAUACUGACAGAGAAUCGUUGACUCCUAUUGGAACUUCUCCUUUUAGACAUAAGUCUCCUGACUAAGAGGCUGAAUGGGCACGAACGCAACAAUAAGGGGCUCCAUAGAGAUGCCUCCAUAGAUCUUGACUAAUUGGAGAAUUUCAAGGAAAACUCUCUAAUUGGGCACCAAGCGUAGCUCAUCCAAACUUUGCUAUCAAAUAUGGCAUACUUUUAACAUCAGUCUCCUGGUUCAGAGGCUGAAUGACAACAAACUCAACAAUAAGGGACUCCAUGGAGAUGGCUGAUGCCUGCUCUCUUGCAUGGCUAAUUGGAGAAAUUGAAGGAAAGGCCCAUAAUUGGGCACCAAGUGUAGCUCAUCUCAACUUUGCAAUCACACAUGUUUUAAGUUGUUAAAAGACAUUUUUCAACUCAUCCAUCAACUAGGAGUCAUUCCCAAGGUGUAUACCAUUUUAGGAGUACCUGCUGACAUGGAGAUUAGUCAUAGAAGACAAGUGGCUGUACAGAAACUUUUCAGACAGAACACCCCACUCUUUUCUUAGUAUUUCAAGUUAUACCAGUUCUAUACUGUGUCAGUUCAGAAAACGUAGGGAGUCAUUGUAGUCACAUGUAAAAAAAGAAGUUCUACAUGUAUAUAUUGCUCUUUCUACUGUGAACUGUAAAAUAACAAGAUUUAAACCAUAUAUUCAAUCGUUGCUUCACAACACAUAUUUUAUUCCCAUGAAACCAAAUCAAGGGAAGUAAUGAUGUACAGUGUAGAAGGGUAAAAACUUCGUCCCUCAAUCCUCAAAUGUUGCUUAUACAGUACCUAGGAAUCCAAUGUUGAAAUCUCCAAGUUGUUACAUCUUCAGAACACUCACCACUUUCUAAUUGAUUCCAGCAUCAAAAUGGUUUGGUAUGAUUGAAUUUUCUAACUUUAACAUCUUUUCCACAUUACACAGUAUUUAACAAUUGGUACCAUGCACUCAACAGUGGUAAUGGCCAUGUGAUUAGAAUGUUCCUUUCAACAUAACCUGUCAUUAUGAACUCAUAAAUCUUUGCUUCAUUUCCUGCCUGUAUUUGGCAGUUAUAACCUUUCUCUAAUCCAGAAAUGACAUUCAGUCCUACCAACAUAUAAUAUAAAGUUACUGCUAGGAAACUGAAAAUGGGUGGAUAAUGUAAGGGAACUCUACAAAUAUAAUUUAUAGAGAGUCACAUAAUUUCAAGUGCAGUGUAUACAUAUCAUGGUCUAUUACCAAUACCAUACAGUGUUUGAACAAUAUAGGAGUUGUGUGUUACCCAAUUCAUGAUGAUGAUGGUACCCAAUUCAAGUGUCACCAAAAGUGUAAGAAUGAUGAAUUACUGCCCUUACUUCACCAUAUGUUGCCUUCCUGUGUCAGCUCAAUUAAGGACAAGCUGUGGUUUAUGUUAUAACUGCCUAGAUAGAAAAGAGUGGGGACUAAAGGAACCUGGUAACAUUUAACAUUUUGUGUCUGAGGGUUGAAAAAUCAUUGACCUCAAUCGCAGCAAACAGAAGAGAAAAAGAAGCAGUUUCACAAAAAUUCGGGAUUUUUGCUCUGACAAAAAGGCCCCAUACAAGAUCUCCCUUAACAUCCCCCUACUGCCAUUACAGCCUUUUAGCAAUAAACAUGCUGGUUGAGGGGUUUACAGCAGUAGGUUAGUCCUUAUAAACAAUUGUCUCUUUAUGGGCAUGUGAUACCAUAAGCAGUGAUGACCUACAAGAUAGGUAUUUUGUAUACAUGGUGUGCAAAGUGGAUACAUGGUCAGGGUUAAAUGACUGGAUGGGGGUCUGACAUUGGUAUGACUUUUGCCUUAUGCCAUACAUAUACAUGUACUUGCACUUGAAAAGUGAUGGUAACAUUUAAAUGCUUUCCUAUUAUUAUGAAACUACCUUAUGUAAGUACAUUGUUCACAAGAAAGUCAUAAAAUGUCUUUCAUUUAAAACUCUGUCCAUUCUACAGGGACACCUUUAUUUAGACAUGCAACAUGUUGUAGAUAUUGCUAUUUGCAUUUACAUGAAUGUCCAUAUUACUUCCUAUAUAUACCUGAAAUACAUUCAAUUCAUUGUUGCAUAUUGCAAUGGUUGUAACUGACCACCAUAUUUAUGGAAAGAAAUUGUGGAAGAAAACACAAGCCUUUAUUUACUACUGGCACAUACCUAAAUGCAACACAAUCAAAUUGCAAGAUUACAAGUUAGAUUUGAAAAUUGCACCAACAAACUAUCUUAGAUUGUUAACUUAAUCAUGUUCCUUCUUUCAGAAGAAUACACAUCAAGUAAUCCUGCAUUAUUAUAUUAAUCAACAUUUCUUCCAACUUUCAAACACAUCACUUGAUGAUAACUUGCUGUUUCUCUUAAACGUAUUUGAUAAAUUCAGCUAUAUUUCACAAAAGGUGACUAAGAUUUCAUGAUUGGCUUUCCUGGCAAAUCAAGCACAGGUAUUGCAGUUUUAUUAAGUGUGCCAAGCCAAGAAUACAAUUAAUCAAUGUACCAUUUAAAAACGCUUUUGAAAAUGUCUACCCAUUUAACUUUUGAGAUGUCAUCAAUAGAUACAAGGGUCUUGAGAGAGUUCCUUCGAAAGUUGAACAUAUCUACCUUUUUUCUUCGAAAUAUUAUCAAAUUUUUAGUACAUUCAUAUAAAUCUUGUUACCUCAAUAAAAC